GCCAGCUCUUGUCUCACCCUAAGCGCCAGGCAGAAAGCGAAUGGUCCCCGGGACGGGAAAACUUUCCAGCGAAAAUUCCUCGUUUGAAUGUUCGCUGCCAUGCUCACCCGUUCUCUGGGGGGUGCUCCAAGUAAGUUGGGGAGUUGGCGUGGUAAAUAUGGGCAGCAUCAUGAUUUUAGGAUGUGGAGAGGGUGCGGCGAAAUCGAAUGUUGUCGUCGCGAUAGGCAGCAGGCAACGGACAGGCAUGCAAUCAACAUCUUCUCUUCUUUAUUUUCGCAAAUCGCAAACCACAAACACCAUUCGUAUCCCACACACGUCGACCACACACGAAACGUUCGCAGGAAUCGUUUGCGAAUAUAGUCGCGGACUUGAACGCGGACAUGAACGUGGUAAAGGACAUGGAUAUACGAGCGGGUUAGUAGUCAACCAACAAAAAAAAAAAAAAAAAAUAAAAAAAAUAAAAAAAAUAACAAAAAAAAAAAAGGAGAAAAUAUUCGCGUGCAGUCGGUGUUGCAGUCACUCUUGUCGCGUUUCGUGACCGUUGUCCGUUUUUAGUGUGUCGCCGUUAUCGUACGAUAUUUCAGUUAUUGUCGUCCGUCCGGUCAUCCUGUCGCUUGUCUCCUGUAAUUGUUACAUAUGAGCGACGUGUUAUCAAGAAGAUCGUUAAUAUCUUUUUUUUUCGUCCUGCGUGUGUACGUGCGGUAUGCGCUCGGGCCGUCCCGAAUUCGUUACAACAAACGGAUGAUUUCGUGAAGAAGAAUACGAAUCUUUUGCGUAAUUUUCAUUCGAUGGUUUAAAAAUAAGUUCUCUAAGCGAUAUAUACAUAAAAAAGAACAGGAAACCAUCAGAUGUGCUCAAUGAAGAAACGUUAAGCUAAUUGCAAGUUAGAUUAAUAAGCAAUAAGGAAUAUAUGAAAAUUGUGAAUUUUUUUUUGAAAAUAAAAUAUAUAUACAUAUACCCCAUACAAAUAUAUCUAACUAAGAAGGAAAAUCAACGAAAAGUGAUCCAAGCGGAAUCAACGUAUUUUACGGUAAAGAAAACAAAAAAAAAGGAUAAACACAGUGCCUAGUUCUUCUUUUUGCCUUCCUAGAUUGUCGGAGAAUUUAAAGAAAAUUAACAAAAAAAAAAGAAGCGCGAGGAAAAUACUUCGUAUAAAUUCGUAAAGAUAAUUUUUUUUAGUUAAGUUUUUCUUCACUAAAAUAAAUAAUAAAUUAAAGAUUAAUUAAAAGGCGGAGGACCCACUCUAAGCGAAAUGAGAAAAAAGUGACCAUAAUAAUAAGGACAGAGUCCAAAAGAUAGUGCGAAAAGAAUUGAUCGUGAUAAGAGGACAACACUCGAACGUAAGUGAAAUCUGUUAGGAUAAUAGAGAUACAUUCUAAGGAGAAAUUUAUCAGGAUAAUAGAUUUAUUCGAGGGAAGGUGAAAAAAAUAUUAAAAAUGAAUGCAUGAAAAACGUCGUCGUCGUCGGUCGGUUCUUUUUGGGGAAUAUAAUAAUUGUUUCCGUCCAAUUUUUAGGCCCGGUUCGGUGUUAUAUAUAUAUAUAUGUAUAACUAUUAUAAAUAAAAUUUGUUUUUCGCAUAAUAAAUAAAUAAAUAAAUAAAAAUAAAUGAUAUAUAAAAUAAAGAAAGAAGCUCGAAAAAUAAUAUUAAAAAAUUAAAAUAAAAUAAAAUAAAAAAAAAUAUACACAGGCAGGUGAGAAGGCAAUAAAAAUUAGCAUUUCGUAAAGACAAAUACUACAAGCCAUAGCAGAAAAAGUAAAUUUGAGUCUAGUUGAAGGUUUUGAAAGUAACAUUUCAUGGAAGAAAGGACGGUUUUAGGCCAGAAUUUCGGGGAAAAGUAGGAAGUAGUGUUAUAUUCCAAAUUGAGUUUGAUACUUUCAAAAUUUCGUUAGGGUUUUUUCGAAGAUAUGUAUAUAUAUAUAUGUACAAUAUAUAUAUAUAUAUAUAAAUUAUAAUUUAAUAUGAAUAGGAAGAUAUUGCUGUUUCCUAUGAAACCUCAAAAAAUAUAAGUCGAUUAGAGACCAUUUAAAAGCAAAUCACAUCAAAGUAUCGCACUAGGAGUUUGGGUACAGUGCCGUGCCAGGGUUCAGCGUGUAGUGUCGCCUGAGAACGAUAUAGUGUGACGUCAGGAUUAUAGUGUCGCGCCAAGAUUCAGAGUCAAAAAACAGUGUCGUCCCAAGAAUUUGAGUAGUAGAUUUAGGAUAGUGUUAAUUGUAUAAUUGUUAAAAUAUUAUUUUCUAAAUUUUUAAACAAUUCGAAAGGCCAUCGUUUUAAUAUUUGUGAUCUAAUGCGUUUUGUGCCCCUGUUUUUUUACAGAAAUAAGGUUUUCCACAAGAAGAAGUUCGUACUUAUCUGCAAACGUUUAUAGUUUAAUUUUAUUUUGAGUGUUUUUCUAUCUACAUAUAAUAAAUAUAAUAUUUAGCAGAAGGUGAAUGUUUUUAAAAGAGACACAUUUAAACCUUGCUUGGAUGCUAUGUAGACCGAAGCAGGACUACGAAUUUAUAGCGAGAAAACGACAAAACGAUAGUUUUAUAAUAUUAAUAUCGAUUUUAUAUCGUUGAAACUAUAAACUGGAUUGUUUCCUUUGAACUGGUGAAAUAUUUAAACUAUAAAAUGAAUUGUUUCCUUAAAGAUGAAAAAUAUCUGAAACUAUGAAGCGAAGCAUUUCUUUGGAAAUAAAGAGAGAAAUAAAUGAAUAAAUCAUAGUUGAAACAGAUGAUUGAGAAGAAAAGUGUAAACAGAUUCGUGCCACUAGUCCGCAAUAUAACGUAUUUCUAUUAUUAUUAUUUAAAUUCUUACAAGCGUGCGUAGCAUAUGAACAACAAAAAUAAAAAAAAAAACAAAACAAAAAAAAAAUAUUCUAAAAUAAACUCAAUUUAUCAAUAUUAUGAAUUCUGGAGCCUUAUAUAAUAUUAUGAUUAAAAAUAAAAUAAAUAAAAUAAAUAAAAUAUAAUAAAGUCAAUAUAAAAUUUCGGUAUUCUCGCUGGAGAAUAAAAAAAAUAAAAAUCGACAUUUCCAACGUAUGUGUGUAUUAUAUAUGCAACUAAUCCGUUAUGUGAUUAUCGCUAAUAUGUUUGUCGCCGAUGUUAUACCGGAUCUUCCGAAAUUGAAACUAUCACCCUAUUAUAUUGAUAUUUCCUCAUUAUCUCUGUUAAAAGAAGAGCAACAGUGGCCAAAUAGCAAAAGCAAUAGUAAAGUAGAGAAACUCUACUGGUUCUUAUAUCAGACACGUGAAGUGAGAUAGAGUUGAUAUUAAAACGAAAUUAUUUUGUCAUGCCAACGAAUUUCAAAAUCAAGCACCAAAAAAAUCGUAGGGAAAUCACCACUAUACAUUACAUCGGUUACAUUUUCCAUAAAAUUGAAAUUAGUAAAAUUGAAAACCAACGAUAACAACAGUUUCAUUCCCCCUUGAAAAUGGUCAAACCACCGGAUAGCCCAAUCAGUGGCAGUAAGCAUUAUUAUUCUUAUUACAAGAAGCGUCGCAGUCAGGAUUAUCAAGAUUGCCAGCGAGAGUAUCAUUCACAUUUCAACAAUAAAAACUACGAGAAACUUCAUCAACAUCAGCUUGAGAAAAUCUACCAAAAUCGUAAACGAUAUCCUUAUCGAACGUGGAAAUGGUUACAAUUUUGCCGUAUAGCAUAUCCAGGUCCAUAUUCAGGUCCUGGACCAGGGCCUGGUACCAAUAUAGGGAUCAUGCAUCAAACAACCGCUUCAUCAAUAUCAGCGGAAAAUUGCGAUACGCUAUCAGCGCAAAUAAUCAACAAACCAGUGGUUAUUAUUGCACCACCAGAUUUAUCAAUAUCCUCGAGAUGGCCCAAGGCACGAAGAAGGAUACCAAUGAUGCCAACUGCAAGAAAAGCCAGUGUUUUUGCUUUUCGACAACAACAAAACCAGAAGAAAUAUCAACAACAUCGACAAAGAUGGAUGUUUGGUCGGAACUUUUUAUGGUUGCUUAUUGUAUUGAUUUGUUUUGAUAGUGGACCAUUAGUGGUUGAUUGUAAUUUGACGACAGCCUUAGCGACACAUACAACACCAACAGUUGAUAGGAGAGGUAGCAACAGUAGGAGUAAUAGUAGCACCGCAUUCAAGCUGAAUAUGGUUAAUAAUUAUACUAAAUUUCUUAAUAAUAAUAAUGCUUAUAACAAUCGUAUUAAUAUUAUUGAUAGUAGCGGUAAAAUUGCUAAUAAUAACUCUAAGCAUAGUAUAAACGAUUAUAAAAGUCUAUUGAUAUAUUAUAAUGACAUUUAUACGAACACUAAACAUAAAUACAACCCUAAUCAGUAUAAUAAUAGCAAGAUAAACAGCAAUCGAAGGUUUAGUAACAGUAGAAGUAUCUUUAGCUAUAACAUGAGUAGCAACAAUAAUUACCAGAAUAAAAACAGCCUCUUCAACAGUGAGCUGAAUGCAAAUACCAAUAAAAACUAUAGUAAAUACAAAGAGGACAAUAAUGUCGUUGAUAUCAAAAGCAAACCCCUAGUAUCGGAACAAUUCACGCCAACAGACUUUGAAAUAUCAUCGACUACAAUAACAGUGCCAGUAUCCUCGACGCCCCUCAUUCAAAGGGUCAUCACCACAUCAGUUUCGUCCCUAAUCUCACAAAAGAAGAAUUCUAUGAAGGCUAGUCUGAAUGCUAUAAGUAACUUCAAAGCAGGCAAAAUGACCUCUACACCUACAAUGAAAGUAUCAUCAACAACACGAGCUAAAAAGUAUAAACACUAUAAAGAUGACGGGAAAAUGGCGGAGAUGGAGCUUAACGAGAACCUCAUCAAACAGCAUCAACAGCAGCCAACAAGUAAUAGAUUAAAGAAUAAACGCACAAUAGAAAAUAAUAAUUUAGAACAACCAAAUAAAGUACAUAUAGAAUGUGAUGAUGAUAUAAAUCACCAGCAAAAACAGAAUCAACAUUUGCAUCAUCACCAUCAUCAUCUUGAACAGGAACAAGAACAGGAAUCACAUCCUUAUUUUCAACAACACAAUCCUGAGACAAAUGCUAAUAAUAAAGGGUAUCAUUCCCUUAGAAAUCAAAAACAACACCACAGUAUUCACCAGUCCAGUAAUAACAAUGAAUAUCAAAUACAAAAUCAACUGAUGACGAUACAAGGACAACAAGGCGAUAUUCAAAGGCAACGUGAUACAUUACAACAUCAAUAUCAUAAUGAUCGUCAUUAUCAUCAUCAAAAUCAUCAUUAUCAUAGCAAUAGUAAUAGCGAACAAGGAUCCUCAUCGGUAUCUACUAGCCAAACUAAAUUAUAUGAAUCAAUACCUGUUUCUGAAUCAUCUUAUCAUGAUAAAAGUUUACAAUUAGAUGAUAAUUAUAAACGUUCGAUUUUAGCUAGUAUCAGUUGCCCAAAUUGUUUAUACAAUAUCAAUCCCUAUCUAUCAUCGGAAUUAUUUGAUUCAUCAUUGAUAUCAUCGACAUCAGCGCUACUUUCAUCAUCAUCGUCGCCCUCAUCAUCGUUCCCACAAUCAUCAUCAUCAUCAUCAACUAUGCCAUCAUUUAAACGAUAUCAAACUGUGCAACAACCAAACAAUCAACCAAAACAAUUACACCAGCAUCAUACCUAUCAUUAUCAACAACAACAACAACAACAACAUCAACAACAACAACAACAAAACAAGAAACUGUUACACCAACGUCACAACGACGAUCAAUAUUCGUCCUAUGUUCCCAAUAACAACAAUAAUCAUUAUAUUAAUCAAAAAUCAUCAUUUCACACCAACAACAAAAAAUUAAAUAACAACCAAAACACUAUUGAUCAUAAUAACAAUAAUAAUAAUAACUUUCAUCAAACGUUUCAUCAAUUCGAUAGCGAUCAAAUACGUCUGGAAUCUAUAAAACAUCAGAUCCUAUCAAAGCUUGGAUUGAAAUCAAAGCCCAAUGUAACGCAAACACUGCCAAAACAAUUCAUCAUGGAAACAAUAUAUCGUGCUGAAAGUAGUGGCAUUGAUAAUUCACCAAUUCCAAUUCAAUUAAAAUCUCAACAACAAUACAAAAACAGUGAAAGUAUAAGUGAUAGUAAAAGAAAAAAUAGUUUCAGUGAUAGUUAUAAAAUUGAUGAUGUUGAAAGUGAUGGCGUUUACAUUGUAAGUGAUGAUAAUAGCAAAUAUGAUUAUGAUAAUAUUGCGAAUAAUUUUUUCUACAAUGAUUACAUCAAUUCAGAUAAUAUUCAUAGUAAAAAUCAAUUAAAUCCAGUCAAAAAUAAUAAUAAUAAUAAGAAUUUAGUUUCAUCAUCAACAUUGUCAUCAUCUAAAUUUCUGUUGAACAGAAGAACUUCGAAUUAUGAUAAUGGUGAAAAUAAUGGUGAAAAUAAUGGUGAAAUGCAUAGUAUUGACAGUGAUUAUGAAAUUAAUAGAAAUAGUAAAACGAAUCAUCAAGAAAAGGAUACCAUUAAGUCAGUUGAAACCUUGCAAUCGUCAUUGUCAUCAACAAUGUCGUCUUCACCAGUUAAUCCAUCAUUAUCAUUGGUCUCAUCAUCAUCAUCGUCAUCUACACUUUCAUCAGCGGAACAGGAUGAUUUUUAUGGACGAACCAAGGAGAUUAUAACAUUCGCUGAGAAGGGUGACGUAUUGAAUGGCCAUCGCUUAGUUGAGUUCAGCUCAUUAUCCGAUCAAAUGACGGGACAAAAUUUAAGAAUACGCGCCGCAUCAAUGUGGAUUAGAGUCGAUUUACGUCCUUCGACUGAGAAAAAGCGCAGUCCUAGUCGGGGUGGCCCAAUGUCAUCAUCAUCAUCGUCGUCUCAAUCAUCAUCUGUUAAUGGUUCCAAGUUGAAAAUUUGGGUUUUCCGUUUGAUUGAACCGUUUGCAACCAGCUUAAAUUCUACAGAGUUCAUAAAAAAGGACUUCGACAAAAUUACAAAAUUGAGUACAACAUUAAACGUCCAGUUCAACCAAUUGGGUUGGCAGAAGCUCGAUAUCACGGAAACCGUCCAAAGUUGGUAUGCAAACGAUCAACACGUUCGACUACGUUUAUUUAUAGAUUGUUCCGGUUGUGGUGACCGUAUCACUUUACAUCUAUUUGACAACACCCGAUCCAGUAAAAUAGCCUACAAUGGUCCUAACUCAAAGAAUCCAAAUCAUAACCAUAGUCAAGCCCGUAAAAAUCACCAUCAUCAUCACCAUCAUGACCACCAUCAUCGUCCGAAUCAACGACAAAAUAGUUCAUCAAGUGGGCGGAAACAUGGUCAUCAUUUCAGUCAGAAAUCCUCCCGAUACCUGCCGAAAGGUCGCAAGGACUCCCAUCUGUCGAUAAAUCGAACAUCAGCCGUAUCUCUUGUAAAUGAAACUGAUAUAGCAGCGCUUAUGGCUCACGGGAAUCAUCGAAAUCGUCAGUAUUUUUACAGAAGCGAUAACAAAAGUAGGAUCUCUCCAGCGCUAAGACAUCGCAAUAAUGGUGUUAGGAAGCUCCCAAAGCCUUCAUUGUUUGGGACGAAUUCAUUUCGGCAAGAGUCAUCUAAGGAUGGUCAGAGUCAUUAUGAGGUGAAUCCCAAUCGACCAUUCUUGGUUAUCCAUACUGAACCUAAUGUAAUGAAGCGGGUUAGGAGGCGUGCCUUAGACUGUUCUGGUGCAUUCAAUGGUCAGUGCUGCAAGGAAUCAUUUUACGUGAGCUUUAAGGCCCUCGGUUGGGAUGAUUGGAUUAUAGCUCCGCAUGGGUAUUUUGCUAACUACUGUAGGGGUGACUGUGCAGGACCAAGAACACCAGACACUUACCAGUCCUAUCAUACACAUGUAAUUGAAGAGUUCCGUAAGUUAGACCGUUUGACAGGCAUGCAACCAUGCUGUGCCCCUCUCAAGUUCUCAAGCAUGUCCUUAAUUUAUUAUGGAAAGGAAGGAAUUAUCAAGCGGGAUUUGCCAAAGAUGGUCGUAGAUGAGUGUGGUUGCCCGUGAAAGUGUCAAAUCUUAAGUUGUCCUAAUCUACACACGAUAUCUGCCAAGUACCGGUAUUUUUAGGCUGACAAGCAAUACAAAAUAGGGGGCUUUCAAAAUGGUUGCAUAAAAAUAGGAGUUUGAGCUACCAAAUUUGGCACUCGCUUCGGAUGUCUCGCAGGUGGAAAAUGAACAGCAAAAUAUGGAUUCAUGAAGCUUGGUUGAUCGUCAAGGAAGUUAUGAAAGUAACUUUUUGAAUAUCUUUUGUGUAAUUGAGUGAAGGGAGCAUAACCAUUCAAAUUAUAUAUAAAAAAAAA